AUGGAAGAAAACAUUACGCGAACUAUUCUUAUUACGAACUUUCCCAAAACUGUGUCGCAUAGUGACCUGCUCCGCACGUGCAAAGCAGCAGGGCCUGUACGAGAGCACUUUAUCAUGAACAGUAAGCAUUCAGUCUUUUUUGUUUCAUUUUAUGACUUAAGAGCAGCCCAAAAGGCGCAUGCUCUGCUUACAGGAGAAAAGAACAACUUUGUAGUGAAGUAUACGAUAUCCCAGCGAGAAGUGCCUAAGGGAGCAGACAGCUGCACAGAAGAUAAAAACCAAGGCACUGUGGUAUAUACUGCAGCAGAAGAGUUUAAACCAACACAGGAGUCAGACGUAAUUGAUAGCAUAAAGAAAGGAAAGGAGAAUAUUAUCCGCUUCUACGACUCUAGAGAAGCAUUAAAGUUUCUAAAUAUGCUAAAAGCAGAGCAGCCCAGAAGCUCGCCAAAGAUGGCCUGGGAUAAUGACUUAAGAAAAAGAAUAACCUUUCUUAAGACUGCAGAAGAAAUUGUCAAAAAUGCACCGGGUGGGUUUUUUAAAGGAAUUGGGGACGAAGACCAACCAAUGAAGAGGCGCAUGGGAGAGCCUGCCGGAGCAUCUGCAGACACCAAAAAGAAAAUAAAGCUAUCAACUAAUUGGAUGCUUGAGUUAUUUGAUAGUUUUAUUGCAAAUAAUGCAGAUGAGAUUUUUUCAAGUAUGUAAUCAGUUUAAGAAUUUAGUAAACAACAGCACACAUUUGGUGCUUUAUAACCAAUUAGGUAAAUAAGUCGAGUAUUUAAGCCAG